CGCGCGGUACUCGAGCUUAAGGCUAGUCCACAAUGUCGACCUCGUUUCGCGCGAUAUAGAUUCCCGUAUCUUAGAAAUCUCAAGGGGACCGUUCGUACUUAUGGUAUUUCCGACAAAACCCCGAACACCCCGAUCAUGCUGGCAAUAAUUAAACCGUCUCAACACCCUUCGGCACGGUCGAGCUCUUCUCGCCGAUAUCAAUUUGCAAUUUUCCACAACUGUCGUUCGUUCGUUUAACUCCUACUCCGCCGAAGGUGAAUAAUUAGGAAUUAAAAAAAGUACACGACUACUGAGCUCGUAGCUUGCUGAAUAAAAAAAAAAAAAAAAAAUAAAUUCAUUCAAUCAGUUCCUUCUUUCAUUCUCUACAAUUAAACUCGACGUAAUUCAAUUUCGCGAUGACAAUUCGCCAGGUGUGUAACCUCCGGUAAACAAUAUCCGAAUAAUUUUUUAUCAAUAUUUAACCAGCUUUCAAUACCGGUACCACAGUAAAUCUAUAUACGUACACACGCAUCCGAAACGUGUACCUAUAAUACAACCGUAUACGCGAAUGGUACGAUGUCGGCGAGCGAAUCGUCGGAGCGUGGAACGCGAAAAGGAGAAGAGAAAAUGCUCCGAUCGUGAUGUAUAAGUUUGGAGAUCGUUCAACCGCCGAAAUGGACAUUGUUGUGAAUCGUGAACGGCCGGCCAUCGAACUUGGCAGUGCAACGGAAAUCCCCGAAGGGGUUAAUCGACGCAUCGGGCAACUAUGACGAGAUGAAGUCGCUCCUCUUACUGCUCGGCUGCAUCUGCCUCGGGGAUGGCGGACGCCGUUCGAAAUUCUCGUACGAGUGGGACGCGAACUACGAGCAGGUGUUCCUCGACUCGGGAACGACGAUAAGCCCGGUGUUCCAGGCCGCGGAGAAGAGCCACCUAGAGAACCCCGAGACCCAUCACCGCAUCAGGCACGCCGACAGGAAGUUCAGGUCCUCCGAGGAGCCCCAAGUUCCCGCCACCAUAAAUUGGCCCGUCAAGAAGGAGGCCGUAGUCGAGGGCGACCUGGUCCUCGGGGGACUGAUGAUGGUCCACGAGAGGGAGGACUCUGUCACCUGCGGCCCCGUCAUGCCCCAGGGCGGUGUCCAGGCCCUCGAGGCGAUGCUCUACACCCUCGACUGGCUCAAUUCCGGCGGCGGCAUCCUUCCCGGCGUUAAGAUCGGCGCACACAUUCUCGACGACUGCGACAAGGACACGUACGGGCUCGAGAUGGCCGUCGACUUCAUCAAAGGCUCGAUAAGCAACAUCGACGGCGCUGAGUAUCAUUGCAACAAGACGGCAGUCCGAAAGGUUAUAAGCGGCGUCGUGGGAGCCGCGAGUUCGGUAACUUCGAUCCAAGUCGCCAAUCUGCUUCGCCUCUUCAGGAUACCCCAGGUGUCGUUCUUCUCCACCAGUCCGGAGCUAUCGAAUAAGCAGAGAUUCGAGUAUUUCUCGCGCACCAUUCCCAGCGAUCACUAUCAGGUCAAAGCCAUGGUCGACAUCGUGCGGAAAAUGAACUGGAGCUACGUGUCCAUAAUUUAUGAGGAGAGCAACUACGGCAUCAAGGCCUUUGAGGAGCUCGAGGACCUGCUCUCCAAAUACGAUAUCUGUAUCGCGAUCAAAGAGAAGCUCGUGAAAGACUCGGGAGUUGCCGAGGAAACGGCUUACGACAACAUCGUACAAAAGCUCCUGACCAAGCCGAGAGCACGAGGGUGCAUCAUUUUCGGCUCCGAUCAAGAAGUGGCUGGAGUAAUGCGGGCUGUGAGGCGAUGCAACGCGACAGGCGCUUUCUCCUGGAUCGGAAGCGACGGAUGGAGCGCCCGCGACCUCGUCAGCAACGGAAACGAGGCGGAAGUCGAGGGCACACUUUCCGUCCAGCCACAGGCGAACCCGGUCAAGGGGUUCGAGGAAUACUUCCUCAAUCUGACAGUGGAGAAUAACCGGAGAAAUCCGUGGUUCGUCGAAUUCUGGGAGGAUCACUUCAAGUGCCGGUAUCCAAACGCCUCGUGGACGCCCCACAACGUGAAAUACACAAACGCCUGUACCACCGAGGAACGUCUCACGAAGCAGAACACAGCCUUCGAGGAUCAAUUGCAGUUCGUUUCCGACGCGGUGAUGGCCUUUGCCUGGGCCUUCCGCGACAUGCACGAGGAUCUCUGCCAAGGGAAGUUUGGACUGUGCGACGCGAUGAAACCCACCAAAGGAACGGAGCUGCUCAGAUACUUGAGGAAAGUUAACUUCACAGGUUUAAGCGGGGAUGAAUUCCGGUUCGACAAAAAUGGGGACGGACCGGCCAGAUACAACAUAAUUCACUUCAAACAAGCCUCCCCGGGAAAAUACAAGUGGGUCAGAGUCGGCGAAUACAUGGAGGGCGAACUCCGCCUGAACAUGUCCGAAAUACAAUUUCGACUGGGUCAUCCCCUGCCACCCGAAAGCGUCUGCUCUCUGCCAUGCGAGGACGGUCAGGCCAAGAAAUACGUCGAGGGUGAAAGCUGCUGCUGGCAUUGCUUCAACUGCACGCAGUACCAGAUCAGACAUCCCCUCGACGAAACCCAGUGCAUACCCUGCCGAAAGGGAACCGUCCCGGACGAAACGCACUCGACCUGUCGCGACAUCCCCGAGGAAUUCUUACGCCCUGAAAGCGGAUGGGCGAUCGGUGCCAUGUCCUUCUCGGCUACUGGUAUUUUGGUGACCCUGUUCGUCGGCGGUGUGUUUCUCAGGCACAACGACACCCCCGUCGUCAAGGCGUCGGGGCGAGAGCUGUCCUACGUGUUGCUGACGGGAAUCCUGCUCUGCUACCUGGUGACCUUCGCCCUCGUUUUGAGGCCGAACGACAUCGUUUGCGGGAUCCAGAGGUUUGGGGCCGGUUUUUGUUUCACGGUAGUCUACGCGGCUCUGCUGACGAAGACGAAUCGCAUAUCGAGGAUAUUCGACUCCGGCAAGAAGACCGCGAAACGGCCCUCCUUCAUCUCGCCGAAGUCGCAGCUCAUCAUUUGCUCCGGUCUUAUGAGCGUCCAGGUCCUCGUGAACGGGGUCUGGAUGAUAAUCGACCCCGCGAGAGCCAUGCACCACUAUCCAACCAGGGACGACAACCUCCUAGUUUGCAACAGCUACAUAGACGCGAGCUACAUGAUCGCCUUCACCUAUCCCAUAAUCCUGAUCGUUGUCUGUACGGUUUACGCCGUUCUAACACGAAAAAUACCGGCGUACUUCAACGAGAGCAAACACAUCGGCUUCACGAUGUACACAACCUGCGUGAUUUGGCUGGCCUUUGUUCCUCUCUACUUUGGUACCGGAAACCACGUGGCUCUCCGGAUCACCUCGAUGUCGGUGACCAUAAGUCUCUCGGCCUCGGUGACGAUAGCUUGCCUCUUCAGCCCCAAGCUCUACAUCAUCCUCAUUCGGCCGGACAGGAACGUGCGGCAAAGCAUGAUGCCAACCAGGUACAGCACAGCCAAAAACUCCGCCGUAACGGGGACCAACGCAUCCAGCGUUAUGGCUGCCGUCACUCUGACAGCCGCCACUUGCGACCAGAAUAAGGCCGUCAAGAGGCACGUGACGACGACCAUCGAUUGCUCGACGCAAAGCGAAUGUCACGAGAUGGAGGUGAUGAAAGAGGAUCGCAUAAAUGGCAAAGUUCAACCGAGCUUCGUCUCCCGCUCCACGCAGACCCAAUCAUCGCCAUCGGGGGAUCAGGAAUCGGCAAGCACAACAAGCAGCGCCGCGGCCGCGGCUAGGGAAUUAAUCUGCGCCAUAACUCCGAAGGAAAUUAUAGGUAAAGAUCAGUCGCGGACGCCGACGGUUAAACAGAUCCAGAACAACGUCAGGAUAGGAAACGGACCGGUCAGCCAAAAGGACGACCCCUUAUAGCAGGAAACUACGAUUAUUACGAGGUCGGCGACCGCCGCGGUUCUCCAGGUCGACAUGAAGCCCAUAUCGAAGACGCCGGUGGUCGUAUAGCUCAAUAACUUGAUUAAAUUAAUUAUAUAAUUACACAAUAAAUCGAUCAACUUAUAUGAUAUUGUAAUAUGUAAGAUAAUAUUUCCCCACGUGUUGCUUAAUGUUAUAUCCCUGCGUAACUUCCUGCAGCGCAGCCCAAGCGAGGGUCGUAAAGUUUGAUGAGCGGGAAGUUAUCGAUAGUCGUCUGUUAUUAUAGGUAAUAAUAUAUUCGGAGAAUCCAGGAUCACGUGAUGAUAAUACAAUUAUAUUUCCUGACGGGGUGUAGAAGUUCUCUCAAGCCGUCAGAGGUAUAAGUUCAAAGAGACGAAUAGUUGCAAUUCGGAGCGGGAAACAGGGAAAGCAAUUCAUCCUUUUUCUAUGUUAAUGAUUACAGGAUCGGAUCUAGUUGAAGGAAGUGUAUGAUCUGUGAUUGCUAUAAUGUUUACAGUGAAAAAUCGGUCGAAAUGAAAGGAAGGAAGCGGUGAUCGAAUGCGGGUGAAUGGAUUUUAAAUAAAUAAUACAAUGUUGCGUAAAUGCCGUUUCUUCGAUUCUGGAACGUGAAUGAAACGUAAUGUAUAUACAUAGGCAUACAAUAUAAAAAUACGUAACGGUGAGAAGGACGCGGAGUUUAGGCUUAAUAAACUAAUAAUAUACACAUACGUAUAACAUAUGCAUAAAUAAAAAUGUUGUCACGAUAAUCUAUAAUUAUAAAAAUCAAGGAAACAUUAUCGAAUACAUGAUAAAAGAAAGUAAAGUGUAAAAUUAUAUGAACCGUUGAAUAUAGUCUAAUCGUUUGUUCUAUAUCUGCGGUAAUUCCG